GCUGCGAUUGGGGUUUAUUUUUGGAACAGCUGGGAUGCAAUAGCCUUGUUAGGUCUGUUCUAGCAUUCACUCAUCUGCAGCCCUCACACACUGUGAGCCUGGGACUUUGCCCUGCUCCUGCCUGGGCAGAAAGAGGGAGCUUUGCUGCUAAAGGGGAGGGCAGGUUCAUAUCCAGGACCACCAGGAUGAUAUCAUGAUCAAUAAGAGCCAAAUAAUGCAUGGAUAUGGACGGACUGCAGGGCAAUUUAACCCUUUCCAAACUUUGACACAACUCAGGCUGAAGAUAACCAAACAGAUUCCUCACCUCUACAUUGUGAGAACUAGCACAAGAUUUCCAGCUACUAUCCUGUACAAGGCUUAUUAAAACCCCUGUGCUGUACUUAUGAGGAGAUUAUUUCCAAUCUCAUGCCAUCCACAGUUAUAUAUUAUUUAGAUUCACCUUAAUAUAAUAUUUAUUUAAUAAAAAAAAAUUUUUUUAGUUUAUCCCUACUGAUUCAAUUUUUUUUUUCGGGAAGCAGAAGAUACAAUGAGUGGUGGUCGCUUUGACUUUGACGAUGGAGGAGCUUACUGUGGUGGGUGGGAAGGUGGGAAAGCCCAUGGUCACGGAAUCUGCACAGGGCCGAAAGGCCAGGGCGAAUACUCUGGCUCUUGGAAUUAUGGAUUCGAAGUGGUAGGGAUCUACACCUGGCCCAGUGGUAAUACCUAUGAAGGAUAUUGGUCGCAAGGAAAAAGACACGGCUUAGGCAUUGAAACCAAAGGACACUGGGUGUACAAGGGUGAAUGGACUCAUGGAUUUAAAGGAAGGUAUGGAGUCCGUCAGAGUAUGACCAGUGGAGCCAAGUACGAAGGAACAUGGCAGAGUGGACUACAAGAUGGAUAUGGUACUGAAACAUAUGCGGAUGGAGGCACCUACCAGGGUCAGUUUGCAAAUGGAAUCAGAGAGGGCUAUGGCAUACGUCAAAGUGUGCCGUAUGGAAUGGCUGCAGUUGUUCGAAAUCCUUUGCGCACCUCCCUAACGUCGCUUCGUAGUGAGCACAGCAAUGGAACACUGGCCCAACACGACGCCAUGUCAGCUUCUCCAGAUAACAUAGUGUCUCCAACUAUUACAAGAGGUGGCUUUGCCCUUUCACUCUAUGCAGAUGCUGAAGCUCUCAAGGAGCAAAAGAAAGGCAUUUUCAGAAGAGGUUCCCUACUAGGUAGGCUAAGGAAAUCUGAUUCUAAGACAUCACUUUCAUCUCAAAGAAGUAAACUAAGCUUCUUGAAGAGUGUUAGCGGUAUGAGCUCUGGAGCUAGUGAUGCCACAUCUACUGUUAGUUUUGGUGAUGGGACUGAACCAGAAGAAUUUCCACCAGUUGAAGCUGACAUUGACGCCACUACCACUGAGCUCUACAUGGGUGAAUGGAAGAAGGACAAGAGAUCUGGUUUUGGAAUCAGUGAGCGUUCCAGCGGGCUGAAGUAUGAAGGAGAAUGGUUGGACAACCUGAGACAUGGCUACGGUUGUACCACCUUUACAGAUGGCACAAAGGAGGAAGGAAAGUAUAGAAACAACGUCUUCAUUAAAGGAAUGAAGAAGAGAGUUAUCCCCCUAAAGAGUGCGAAGAUCAGGCAGAAAGUAGACAGAAGUAUUGAAGGAGCACAGAGAGCAGCUGCCAUAGCACGACAGAAAUCUGAGAUUGCUGCAUCCAGGACAGCUCAUGCCAAAGCCAAAGCAGAUGGAGCUGAGCAGGCAGCACAAGCAGCUAACAACGAAUCCAGCAUUUCAAGAACUAUGGCAAGAGAGCUCUCUCCAGACUUCUACCAGCCAGGGCCAGAGUACAUAAAAAGAAAGCUAAUGCAGGAAAUCAUUGAAAAUGCGGAACCCAUGGAACUGAAAGAACAAGCGAGUGCAGCCAAUGAAGAGCCACCUGCACCAAUGCCUUCUGAAAGUCCUCAGGUUCCAGAUAAACUAACUUCCCAGGAUGUCUCCCCAGUACGAACCCCAUCCCCACCAAUGGCUGCAACUCCACCAGAUGCCAAAAGACUUAGAACAAGCUCCCAGAAGGAGAGGUUACUGACUCCUCGGAACUGGAAUGGGGAACAAACUCGUGGUCAGGCUGCCUCCCCAUCUUACAGCCCAUCCAAGCCAAGUAACCAAAGAAUGUCUGCAGAUGUGACCAGCAAAUUUGAAAGCCAGAUGAAACCACUUGAACGGUUGGGAAACAAGUCAUCAGAUUCAGAUAUUGAGUUUCACAAGGGCUAUCAUAGCUAUGCUGUACGGACCUCCCCAGUGACUCCUCCACUGGAUUAUGAGGAAAAAGCAUUCCCAUCACCAGUAACACCAACCAAGUCAAUAACUCCAGAUUUGAAAGAUGACAAGAAGGACAUUUUACCUUCUCAAAAAAUCCAAGAACAAAAGGCUGCUAUAGAACCCCCCAAAAAAGAUUUCAAAGUUAAACCCAGCGAAGAAAACAGGCUGGAUGUGAACGUUUUAGAAGCCAAGAGUGAGACCAAGAUAAUCCAUAAAUAUGAGCCCAAAACUAUUCAGAAGACUGAACCAAAGUUUGGACAGAAAGCAACUCCUACUAAAGCAGAGCCAAAAGUUACACCCAAACCUGCUGCUCAAAAACCUGAACCCAAAGCUCUAGCGAAGACUGAGUCCAAGGCAUUGACUAAGUUUGAACCUAAGAGCUUGGUUAAAAAGGGUGCCCAGGCAGCAGCAGCUGCUGCAAAACCAGAAGAAGAAAAUGAAGAGAGACCAGAUACAAUAAUGAUCUGCAUGGUAAUAUUACUGAAUAUUGGUCUGUCUAUCCUAUUUGUACAUCUACUGACAUGAAGAAUAAAAGAAUGACGGGUCUAGGAAUUUUCCAAUCAAUCUUUCUGAUACGUGACAAGAAGUCAUCAGGAAAAAAAGCCGAUUUGUGCCUUGACAGGCGAUUAAGAAGCUGGGGGACAAUAGAUCGAUCCUUCAACGUUUUAUCCGUGCAAUGGAUAUUUUUUUACUUCUUUUCGCUGUGGCAUUGCACUGAGGUGUUCCACCGUCUUGUUUGCAACGAAAGAUAUAAAGUUGAGGUAUAGCACGAUAACAAAAAGUAAAAAAAAAAAAAAAAAAAAGUUAUGUCUGUGAAUACGAGCACAGAAACUUCGGUGUUCGGAGUUCUUUCUAUGGACAUGUUGACCAGCAGUAGCCAUGGAGAACCCUAAACCCGAUGCACAAGUAUAGCUUUAAUGUUUGGACAGGUUACUGGGUAUUUAUUUUCUGCGUGCAGGGUGUAGGUUGGCGAUCGCCUGUCGGAGGGAACAGACAGGAGAUGACAUGUUUACACGUUUUCUUGCUAUAUAACAUUGUACACCAUAAUCCAACCCCAUGUCUUAAAGGAUAGAAAUUUCUAGAUAGACUUUGCAUGUGUGAAUGGUUUGUCCUAGAGAUGUUUCUGCAAUACAAUACAAUAGUAACUGAGGUGCACAUUGAUGUACGCUAUGUUGUAAGCACGUGUGGAAUAAUAGGAAUCAACAAAUUGCACUUUCAGCUAAUUAAACUCCCCCCCCUCGUGUCAUCCGUCAGGUGAUCAGACAGCGACGGCGGAUGUUGCAUGCGUUUUAAAAUUGAAUAUAGUUCAGUGAGCUGUGUGCUAUUCAGUAUUCGAGUUGCUGUUUUUUAUUCUAUUAUAGAUAGAUGAUAGAUAGAUAAAUAGAUAGAUAGAUAUGAGAUAGAUAGAUAUAUAUGAGAUAGACAGGUAGAUAGAUAGAGAGAUAAAUAAAUAGAUAGAUAUUAGAUACAGUAGA